AUGACAUUCUCAGUGUCAUUGACAUUGGCUGCGAGCUUUGUUAAUUUUGGAGCAAACCAAUGUACUGAUCCGGCUAAUCCAUGUGACUUUAAUAACCCUGCCAAUUGGAUCGGUGGUCAGUUGCCAUCACAAUUCAGUCCAACGGCCUCAAUUGACAACACAGUCUCACCCUACGUGAUCAAGUACAUCAAGAUCACAAGCCAAAUCACUCUGUCCGCCUUUGUUGUAAAUGGUCCAAACGUCACACUCACAAUCGGCCAAAACGUCAACCUCACUGUGGUCAAUGCAAUCAGUAUGACCAAGGCCCAACUGGAGACAGAGACUGGAUCCUAUAUGUCGUGCGCAAGUUUCUACGCCUCAGAAUCGUCGGCCACUUGGACUGGCGCCUCAGUCUUCCUUGGAAACAUGUACAUAUUCCAGAACUCAAUUCUCAAGGCAUACAGCUCGAGCAUUGACGUCCUUGGCAAUCCAGUCAACUUUGACCAAACCAUUCCACAGCCAGAGCUACACGACCACUCCACCAUGAUUAUCAGAGGUUACGCCGACUUUUCAGUAGGCCUCUCAGCUGAUGCAACCAGCAAGUUGGUGAUAAAUGGCUCCGCCUCAAUGGUCAAGACGUCCAACCUCGGAAACAUCCACGUCGAUGGUGUGGUAGCCGUGUCCAACGGAGGUAUUCUUGCCACAAAGAGCUUCACCUCGAGCGAGCAUUCCAAGAUCUUCAUUGGACUCGGAUUCAUCAGGAUCAUUGACGCAAAUGUAGCCACACUCUACAACAUCUCGACCAAUAUGCAAUCCAAUCUGGUCAUCUCCAACACCUCAAGUGUUUUCAUUGGCACAAUCGAUGGCCAGGGUAGAACUAUUAUUCAGGACGUGGCCCUCUUCAAUCAAUCGUGUGCUGUCGUUGAUCUAGUGUCUACAUUCUCCACCUUGACCAUUGGUGGAAAGACCAAUGCCUACUUCUCCAACGCCAACAUUGUUAAUAUCCAACCUGCUGAUGCCGAUGCUUCUGCCGUCACCAACAUGUACUUCAAGUCCCUGAACAAUACGAUUCAAGGUUUCGACCAGGCGCUGUCCACCAACAACAUCCACGUGCUGAAUGGUUCGUCACUUGAGCUGACCAACAAUGGUUUGUUCAUGGGAAAGUCGAGCAUCACACUUGAAGGCACAUUGGUUCUGCCCCAGAACUUGUACCUCGGCGCAGAGGGUGAGCUCACAUUCUCUGGACCAUAUGCCUACCUGUCCACCAACGCCUCAACGAUCCAAGCCAAAACUGUCACUAUGAACAAUGGUCGCUUCGAUCCUCAAAACACAACUAUCAACGGUUCGCUCGUACACAACGGUGGUGAGAUAUUCUUUAUCGCCAACCUCAUCGACGAGCAUCAAUUGGUCAUCACUGGCGACUACAAGUCAUCAUCAUCAAAUGCUUUGGUCUAUUUCCGUGACCUCCUAAGAAACAGAUCUGCUAAGGUCUCUGUGCAGGGUAACGUCUCGAUCAAUGGAACCACCUUUAUGAUCAACUGGAUGGAUGAGGACCCUGCCAAGUAUGUGGACUACCACCUGGUCCUCAUGGGUAAUGUCCCCGCCAGCGCACCCACCGUAAACCUCCAGGUCACCUUUGGUUUAAACGAUGAUAUGACCUACCUGAUCAAGGUUACAGGAAACAACACAAUCACUGCCGUAUUUGAAGCAGGCUGUCGUGAUUUGUAUAACAACUGCUCGGGUCAUGGAAAGUGCAAUGAUGGCGCUUGUGUCUGCGAGCCAGACUACUUGACCAACAACAACUGCAGUGCCAGAAGCUGCCACAUGAACUGCAGUGGAGCUGGCUCAUGCCAGAUGUCCAACUACACAUGUCAAUGCAAUGCCGGACUCGUUGGAGACUACUGUGAGAAGAAUGCAACAGUCUGUGGCACCUACUCCAACAAGACUUCAUGUAUCACCGGUUGUUCAUGGUGCCAAUACACCAAUAUCUGCCAGUAUGCCGCCACCAGUCAAUGUGUUGCCCCGCCAACAACCACCACUGGCACUACAUCAGCCUCGACAACAAGUGAUACGACAACCACUACUACCACUACUACCAGCACAACGACCAGCACACCAGGCCCAAGCGCAGCCCCAUCAAUUGCCGGAUUGAUGAACUCAUCCUUGUUGAUCAUCUUUGUAGCAAUCUUCUCAAUUAUCAUUGUCUAA